AUGAAGAGACGCAAAACACAUGAAAAAAAUCAGUCACGAUCAUCAACAAGUUCAUCGAAAACUCAGAAAGAAUCUUCGCCAUUAAAAAGCAAGAGUCUUCAAGUAGUAAAAGGGCGUAAUGCUAAAAAAAAUUUACCAAAAAAUAAAUAUGAAACGCUAGAAGAAGGUCCGUUAAAUUACAGAGAAUUUUUGGAAUCAUUGGAAUCACUUUUUGAUGUUAAAAAGCCAUUAAAGUCGCUGGAAAGUUUAUAUAAGACUUAUUUGGGUGCAGAAGAUUCAUCUUCAGAGACUACUAUUAGCGAAUGCAGUUCUGAGUAUUUUAACCAAAAUUUCUUCCCACAUUUUAGGCCCAUAAAAGAUCAACUUAACAUACAGAACUUUCAAGUGACGACACAGUACGAUUUUAAUCAGUUCGAUGAUUCUUCUUUGAAUUCUGUUGAAGAAAAUAAUUUAGCAAUGGCAGAAGAAGUUAAUAGACAACCAGAAACAACUUUUAAUAUAGAGGAUGAAACUCUACCGAAUUUGUCUUCAGAAAUUAUGAACGAACACUUAGAUACGACAGAAGAUCUGCAACAAGAUAGUGAAAUCUUGGAUGAUCAAUUUGAUGCGUCGGAAAAACUACAGAGUACUAAAAUAUUAGAUGAUGAAUUUGAUACUACGAAAGAAAUUCAAGAUGAAGGCAAAGUAAAUCAGAGUAAAGAAGGACUCAGUGUUAAAGAACCAAGUAUUAAAGAUGGAAAAUCUAAAGAUGCUUUGCAGUCUGGGAUAACAUCAUUUUCUUCUUCUGAACCAAGUCGGAUAGUAUCCAAUUAUACUAAAAAAGGAAGUUUAAAAUCUGUUGUAGAUGAUACCAAAGAAGAAAUAAAUAAUAAAGAUGGAAAUAUUAAACAGGAAAAUUCCAAAAUCAGUUCGCGCUCUGCAAUAACUUCAUUUUCUUCUUUUCAAAUGACCGAAAGAGGAUCUAAUGAUACAAGUACAAGUAGUUUUAAUUUUGUUUAUCAUGUUAAUCCGUCGAAAGAAGAAAUAAAACCUCUUGUAGACGUAAGGUACGCUGAAGAUAAUUCAAUGGGAAUGAUGGACAGUAAAAUGAUCAAAGAAAUAGGUGAAGCUUAUGAGCAAUUAGCAUCUUUGCAAGCGGAAAUUGAUCAGCUUCGAGAAGAACUCGAACAAUUACAAUGUAAAGAAGAUUUGACGGAUAAAGAGAAGUAUAUUUUAGAGAAAAAAAGUCGGGAUGUUAUAAAAAAAACGGCAGAACUUGAUGCUUUGACUAAAAAAAUUCAAAAAGUUCUGGAAGUCACAGAUCCUGCGUCUAUUGAUGGUUACGUUCAGGCCCUGGGACUAAUUCCUCAAUUUGAAGACAUCAAGGAGGAUGAACAGAUUAAAGUUCAAUUACGGAAAAACUGGGAAGCUACUUCUCAAGAUGAAUGUUUCGAUUUACCUCAGCAGGAAUAUCCUGAAGACAAAUUGCCGAGGAUAAUUGUUUGUGGCAACACUGAAGAAAGAAUCCCCAGAAUUAUUGUAGCUGACAGUAAAAAAAAAUUCAACAAAACCAAUGUAGAAUAUUUGGAAAAAAUAGCGGUAAAAUUUUCAGAUGCUCUCAAUGUCCAAGAAAAACUUGCUCGUGAAAAUGCUCAACUGGAAGGUGGCAAAUUUAAAUUAGAGCAGGCCUUGAUAGAAAAGGACGACGUCGUUGAAGAUCUUCAGCGAACAGUAUGUAACCUUCAGGCGGAAAUGCGUAUGGUUAUGAAAAAAAAUACGGAAUUGAGUUAUCAAGUCGCGACGUUGAAUGAACAAGUUGUAAACUACAGUUGUCCUGGGUCGUUUCAAAACUCUCCACGGUCAGCUAAUUAUCAGACUAGUCCGCGUUACAAUAAUUCUAAUUACUGUCCAAGCAAUACGGAACGUUCACGAUUGGGCGGCGGUGGAUCCGGGCAUGAUAUUUGCAGUCAAAUUGGAUGCUGUCGUCCAGGAAUGUCCCCAGUUUCAAUGACUGAACUUAGAUUUAAACGUGGUGAUUGUCCUGCGGAAUUAGGAAACAAGUUGUUUGAUUGCGAAACUAAUACACAGCAACUGGAAGAACAAUUAGGCAGUAUAGAGCAAAAUGUUCAAACAAUAAAAAAGGAAUUAGCAACUGUGACACGUGAAAAAAUUCAAUUAGAACAGCAAAGAAAAUUACUAAGGUGUACAGCACCUUGUGCGCCUUGUCCUUGUCCUAACCAAGGUGAUGUUCGUGGUUCACCAUCAGAUCGUGGAGUUCUGAAACCUUUACCUGAAGAAAUUCCGUUCCCUAAAAUGCUUCAGGCGACUGGUAUUCCUUCCUGCACUGGAGCAUGUACGCACGCUCCAAUGGGCGGUAGUAAUUGUCCGUUGCAGCAGUUGCGAGAUCUACGAGAGCAGUAUGCAAGACUAAAAGAAGACUAUAACAAUAAAUUACGUGAAGUUUCUUAUUUGAGAACUGAUGCCGAAAAAAUGAAGCAGGAGACACGUGAUGCCAAAGAUGAGAAAGAAAAGGUUGAGAAUCAGCUGAUAGAUUUGCAAGAGCGAUUAAAGUGUUUUGAAUCGGAUAGAAAUAGAUAUGUUGGUAGCAAAGAACAGAUGGUAGAACAGGAACAGACCGUGAUUGUUGCUCGGCAGCGAUACAGAGAAGCACAAGAAGAACUUGAAGAAUUGAGAUCUAUGAUUCAGGAUCAAGCCAAUCAGUUAGAUGAUUAUCGAAAUAAGUAUUUACAUGCUCAAGAACAGGUUGAAGAUCAGAGAAGGCAGUUAGAGUUGAUGGAGAUGGACAAUGCUCGGAUGAAUGAAAAUGUUACACUUGAAUUGGGAAGAGUUAAGAAUCAAUUUCAAGAAAAAUUGGCUGAAUUGGCUCCACUUCCUGACAUUCUUAAGCAAACGCAAUUGAAACUUCAAGAAUGUCAACAAAUGCGUUUAUUAGCGGAGAGAAAUUGUGAAGAAUUAUCGCGUGAAUUAAUGCAUUGUAAAGACAAAAUUGGAGCUAUCACCAGCCAGUCAGAGAUGUUAAGAAGUGAAAAUGUUCUUCUUAAGGGAUCAGAUCAACAAGAAGAUUUGGAAAAUAGAAACCGUGAAUUGAAAAAUGAAAAUGAACGAUUAAAGAAUGCUUGUGCGAGAUCUGAAGAACGCGAGAAUGAGUACAAGCAGAGAAUUGAAGAAAAAUUGCACGAAAUUGCUCAGCUGUCAUCUAUGUUAGAGCAAGUUAGAGAAGACUCGGCCAGGCAAGUCGCAAGAACGAAGGAAAGAUGUGAAACUAUGCGUCGAUCUAUGCAAGCACAAAUAGGUGAUUUGGAAAAACAACUGGCGCAAUGCAGGGCAACGACCAAAGCUGCUCAAAGAGACAAAGAUGAGAUACGACAGAAGAUGCAGGGUCAAAUAAAUCAUUUGAGUGAAGCUUUCGAACAAGCACAAUGCCGAAUUCGAACUCUUCAAGGUCAAGUCAGUUAUUUGAACACUUCUUACAGCAAUGUUUUCAAUGUUGGAGCUCGUGUUGAUACUCCUGGUCCUUCAAUACCAGUUGAGAACAGUCAAAAUCUCUAUGAUACUUGCAAUUGUAAUUACUGA